GUGUAAAUUUCCAAACCUCGACAGGCUUCCCCUCCACAAGAACCCCUGUAAAUUUUCCAACCUGCAAUACAUAUUCCUUUUGAACCCUGUAGAUGUUGAAUGUCCCAUUCGCAAGAGAAAAUUGCCAGUUUAAUCCAAACUUUCAUAACCCAUCUUGACAAAUGCAAAUCAAUGUCAGAGCUUAAGCAAAUCCAUGCUCUGCUUCUCAAUUUUGGCCUCUCUCAAGACCACUCAUUUGCUACCAAAAUCCUUUCUUUCUCUGCGCUUUCCGAAUCAGGUAACAUUGAUUACUCGUUUCGAUUUCUAUCCCAACUGUCCGACCCAUCAACCUUUGAUUGGAACACGGUAAUAAGAGGCUACUCCAAAAGCAAAAAUCCAAACCGCUCGAUAUCGGUUUUCAUCCAAAUGUUGCGAGAUGGGGUCUGGCCAGACCAUCUCACGUACCCUUUUCUUGCGAAGGCGUCGGCGAGAUUAUUGAAGCCAGUUCUUGGUGGGGCUAUUCAUGGUCGUAUUGCCAAACAUGGGUAUGAGUCUGAUAGGUUCAUCGGCAAUUCUCUGAUCCAUAUGUAUGCUUCUUUUGGGGAUAUUAGGUUUGCACGUAAGAUUUUUGAUGAAAUGCCCGUUAAGAACUUAGUUUCAUGGAAUGCCAUAUUGGAUGGGUAUGCGAAGUGUGGGGAUGUAUGUUCUGCAUUGGAGGUCUUCGAGUUAAUGCCUGAGCGGGAUGUUGUAUCUUGGAGUUCUUUGAUUGAUGGGUCUGUUAAGGCUGGGCAGUACAUGGAUGCUUUGGCUCUAUUUCAGAGAAUGCAGGUUUCUGGGGUUGAAGCAAAUGAGGUGACUAUGGUAAGUGUUUUGUGUGCUUGUUCCCACUUAGGUGCACUCGAGCAAGGGAGGGCUAUGCAUCAAUAUGUGGUCGAGAACGAGUUGCCAUUGACGUUGGUUUUGCAAACAUCACUAGUGGACAUGUAUUCAAAAUGUGGGGCAGUAGAAGAAGCUUUAAGCGUGUUCCUUGCGGUUUCAUUGCAACAAACAGACGUAUUGAUUUGGAAUGCAAUGAUUGGAGGACUUGCGACUCAUGGUUUGAUCCAAGAGUCGCUUAAAUUAUAUGACAAAAUGCAAAAUUUUCAAAUUUUACCAGAUGAGAUCACAUAUUUGUGCUUAUUAAGUGCUUGUGCUCAUGGAGGAUUGGUAAAGGAAGCUUGGUAUUUCUUUGAAUGUCUUGGUAAAGAUGGAAUGACACCCAAGAUUGAACACUAUGCUUGUAUGGUGGAUGUCUUAGCUCGCUCCGGCCGAGUACACAAGGCCUUUCGAUUUAUCCAACAAAUGCCCAUCAAGCCAACCGGCUCAAUGUUAGGUGCCCUACUUAGUGGUUGUUUGAACCAUGGAAAGUUAGACCUUGCGGAAAUUGUCGGAAGAAAGCUUAUAGAGAUAGAGCCAGAUCAUGAUGGUAGAUAUAUUGGGUUGUCAAAUGUUUUUGCUAGUGUCAAGAGGUGGGAAGAUGCACGAAACAUGAGAGAAGCCAUGCAAAGUAAAGGAGUUAAGAAGUCUCCUGGAUUUAGUUUUGUGGAGAUUUCCAAAACUCUUCACAGAUUCAUGGCCCAUGAUAAAACACAUCCUAGAUUGGAUCGAAUUAAUGAAAUUUUGAUUUUUAUUACAAACCAAAUGAAACUUGAUACUGAUUCUGAAAGUCAAGACUAUCGCUUGUAUGAUAUAGAAUAUUUCUGAGUUGAUGAUUUUUGUAUGUGAGAGAAAAAAAAAAAAAAAAUUCAAUUAUUUGUCCGAAGUUUGUUCCAAAAUGCAAAUAGGAGAUCUUAUAUUGUUUACAA